AGCGAUGGUUUUUUUAUUCUUCCUGGCCAGGGAACAAAUUUGCUGCAAUGUUUUUUUCUUUUGAGUCUCUAACAAUCUGAUUAAUACUGCUGUUUGCAAUUGUCAUGGUUGCCAGUGCCUGGGAGCAGGCCUAUGCCUCGGGAAUGACAUCAGGAACACCAGAGAUUUCUGCACUCUUGACGUCACUGGAAGCUCUUGAUCCAACUUGCCAUGAAGCAUUGAUUCUUGAGAUGAAGGGAAGUGAAGUUGACCGGAUGAAUCGCAUCCAUGGAAACGUUGAGAAGAAACAAGGGCAGAAGGUGGUGAAGAAACCAGAGGGACAGUCAGAAGCAUCUUCUGGAAAAGGGCCCUCCUUCUACUAUCAGGAGAGCGUUUUGGAGCUUUUGUCUCAGUUGUACAAGCGAACUCUGGCAGACGCAUAUCGUGCUGGGCCUGUUCCUGUUCGCAGUGCUCUUGAAGAGUUUGUCAGUCAAUGGGUUCAAGACCAGGAUGACUCACGUUUUGAGAAGCUCUCAUUGAAAGUUCGGAUUUAUGCCAUUUCGAUGAUUGAGAACUAUUUGCUGUACACCACAGCCUCACUGAAAGCUGUCGCAAGCCAGGCAGCUUCUGCUAAUGUGGUUGGAUCUUCCACUGAGGAUUCCAGUCCUUUGAACACAUUGCAGCAAAAAUCUCUUGUGCCUUCGCUCAGCUACCGUCAGAAAGUCUUCAGAAACUUGACUGUCAAGUGGGUUAGGGGUGCGAGAAGCGCUGCAGCCAAAUCACAGCGACUUGGUGGAUAUGCACGAGUGAGCAGCAGCGUGGACUCCUCUGGUGUUGUAUCUGAAAAUCCUGAUGCAACUGGGGACACAGAUGCAGGGAGCGUUGGAUAUCCAGCUUCAGACGACGCUCUUAGUGACGGCCAAGGAGAUGAAGAGAGUGCAAUUCUUGAACUGGAAAUAGCAGUAGCUCGAGCAGUCAAGGCGCUUAUUGGAAUGGGUCCUGUGAAUGAUUCGCCUUUUGAGACUGAUAUCCUUCGCUUUCUUCAGAAUCAUCAUUCCAAAGGUGGUCCUGUCGUUCGAGAAAAUGUUCGUGAGGCUUUGGCGCAGCUUCUUGAGCACAAUGCUCAUCGGCUCAAGAAUUUUAUAGCAGCAAGCUUCAAGCUGACAUGGAUACGGAAGAGUGUUGAUAAACUUGAGGCGAAAGAGCUGGCAUUGACAUACUUCAGAGCUCUUGUGCAGACAGUGAGCCGGAGAGUGGAUGACUGGUUGAAUGCUCACAUUGUUUCUCCGGCAAAGAUGUCAUAUCUAUGCCUCCUUCACAUGUGCUCUCACAAUGAGCCUAUGCGACACCUGGCAUUGGAGCUGAUCAAUGCGAUUGAAGCAGCUUGCCCAAUCCCCAGUCUUCUGGUUUCCAGGUAUGUGUCUCUUUUAGGAGGGUCGUGCAUGGGAGGGAAAUGCUUAGGAGGAUUUCGGACAGGUGAAGUUGUUAGCGCGGAUGAGGACCGUGAGAUCGUCUGCGAACAUCUGUGCAGUGGGGAGAGCAAAGUCGUAGAGGGGGUUGCAGUUUUGUUCGGUGAGGCGGUCUAUGGAUGGGUCCUUGCGCAGGAAAGAUGCGAUGGCUUCCAUUAUGAGCAGGAAUAUUGGGGGUGCAAGGGGGUCGCCUUGCCGGACGAAUCUCGAUAUCGGUGUUCGGGGGUUGGGGUUGCUGAGGAUCUCGAAGUGAAUGGGGUUGGGGGGAAAUCACAGGUUCUGCAAAAUGGUCUGGGUGAGAGUCGUGAAGCAGGCCUUGAAGAGCUUAACAUGAGUCGUGGCAGUGUAGACAUUCUCAGCGGGCUUGUGAUCGGGUCGUCGAGAGAGGGGAUCAGCGACGCGGUUGCUCUUGUCGGGGGUGUGACAGAUGGUCAAUGUAAACUGGGCGAAAAGUUAAAACCAUUGAGAUUGGCGGGGUGUGAUAUCCUUCGUGAUCUGGUGGAAGCCACUCGGGAGGUCGAUCUUUGUGAAGUACUUGGCACCAUGGAGGCGAUCAAGAAGCUCGAAGAUGCGAGGCAAGGGGUAAUUGUUCUUGAUCGUGAUCCGGUUGAGGGCGCGGUAGUCUGUGCACAUGUGGAGUUCGGAGGUUCCGCCUUUCUUGACGAAGAGGCAACUUGUGCCAAGGGGGGAGGAGCUUGGCUUAACGAAUCAUUUUUCAAGGAGUUCAUUGAGUUGUCACUUCAUUUCUUCGGCCUCGGGAAUGGAGAGUGGGUAGCGUGGUCGAGAUGGAGGAGCGUGAUCGGGUUCCAAUUCAAUGGUAUGAGAGACAACACGAUCCGGAGGUAGUCUAGCGGGUAAGGACUCAGGAAAGACGUCCUCGAGGAUAAAGGAAUGGUGCGGUCUACUACGACGACAGUGUCCUUGUUCCCUAGUCGAAUGGUGAUUAGGGAGUCAUAGUCGGUGGAAGGAAGACCGACUUUGCGAGCGCGAGCGUGUAAUGAAGUUGUCGGUAGCUUUGAUGUCAAGGAGAGCCUGAAACUUGAGUGUAGACGCAGCAAGGGAGGCGGCAAUGAAUUUGAGUUGGAAUC